AUGGCUUGGCGACGUCCGUUUGGCGAUCGCGCUAGCGCGCAAGGGACGGUUGUUGGAGGCCAGCGAGAGCAGAUCUCAAACGGCAGCACACAGUACGUCGGCGAGAAAGGAGGAAACGAUGCGCCUCCCACCUAUCAGGAUGCUUCUGGAGCGCCUGUCGAGAACAACUCGCCUCUAGGAUACGAUGUUGGCCCUGUCACGAUCACGCUUCUAAACAUCACGAUGAUGAUUGGCGCGGGUAUCUAUUCUACUCCGGCUUCCAUCUUGAAUGGCACUGGCUCAGUCGGUGUCAGCUUCAUCUACUGGACUCUUGGAUACUUGUUGUGCCUUGCUUCCGGAGCUGUCUAUCUCGAAUUCACAGCGUACUUCCCUAGUCGAUCAGGAUCUGAGGUUGUGUUCCUCGAACAAGCCUUUCCCCGCCCAAUGUGGCUCUUUCCAACUACCUUUGCGGUCCAGAGCGUCAUUCUCUCUUUCGGAAGUGCCAAUGCCACCGUCAUGGCCAAUUACCUUAUUGCCAUUUCAGGACAUGAGGGCACUAAUUGGCAGAUCAAGGGCACUGCACUGGCUUGCUACAGUUUGGCCACACUGACGCUGGUUUUCAACACAAAGUAUGCAUACUGGUUCUCCAAUGGCGUCGGAAUCGUGAAGAUUUGUACCUUGCUCUUCGUAAUCAUUACUGGAUUUGUCGUACUCGGCGGUGGCACCAGGGUUGAGAACCCAACCGCCAAUUUCCAGGAUGCUUGGUCAGGAAGCAAGACAGCCAGUGCCUAUGGUAUGACCACGGCUCUUUACCGCAUCAUUUUCUCCUUCGGUGGCUACAACAACGCCUUCAACGUUGCCAAUGAGGUCAAGAACCCUGUGCGAUCCCUCAAGAUCUAUGCGACAGCUGCACUGACGACUGUGUACAUUUUGUACAUGUUCGCCAAUGUCGCGUUCUUUGCCGCCGUUCCAAGAGAACUCUUGGAGAAGUCCGGCCUUACCGUGGCAAGCUUGUUCUUCACCCAAGUCUUCGGCAACAGUGGCAAUGUUCGGGGACUCAACUUCCUUAUCGCACUAGCUUCAUUUGGAAACAUGAUUGCAGUUAUUAUCGGACUAUCUCGACGCAUCAGAGAGUGUGGCCGACAGGGCGUCUUGCCGUACACGAGAUUCUGGGUUUCCACCAAGCCCUUCGGUACUCCCCUUGGGCCUUAUCUCGUAAUCUGGUCUCUCACCGCUCUGAUGAUUCUCGCGGUUCCUGCUGGAGACGCCUUCACCUUUGUGAAUGACCUCGGAGUUUUCCCGACGGCUGCAUUCAACUUGGCCAUGGCUGUGGGAAUCUACGUCGUUCGCUGGCGCCGAAGGAAGGCCAAUCUUCCGGAGCCUGAGUUCAAAGCCUGGCAUGUGGUUAUCAUUUUCAACAUCUGUAUUCAGCUCUACCUUCUCAUCAUGCCGUGGUACCCCCCGGCAGGUGGACAGUAUGCCGGCGACGUCAGCUUCUGGUACGCGACGUACGCCGUUACUGGUGUUGGAAUACUCCUUGUCUGCGCUGCCUACUACUGGCUCUGGGCAUCCCUUCUUCCCAAAUGGAGAGGCUACAAGCUGAGGCAAGAGCUGGUCAGCUUCGAUGACGGGGCUCAAAGCAAUCAACUCCGGAAGAUUCCAAACGCCGAGCUUUCUGAAUGGGACAGCACUCACGAUGCGAGUGGUCGCCUCAUCGGGACAUCUGCCGAUGAGGUUCUCGUGCAGGAAAAGGGGGUGCGCGUUUCCUCUGAGGGAAGCAAUUCCGAUACAGGCAAACAAGUCCCAAAUGUAGUGAGAGAAGCUCACAACGUCUGA